UAGGUGACUUCCCAUCAUUUGGCUGGCUGUCGUCUAUUGUGUUGGUCCAUGUCAUUACAGUUCUUGCCGUAUGAUCUUCUAUUCAAUAUCGCCCAGGAUCUUGACAUCGAUGAUGUGCAUAAUCUCCAGGCGACUUGCAAGUCCUUGCGUUUGUUCACCCUUACCAGACCCGUAUAUCGUCAACUAGCCCAUGACUUACUUGCCAGAUCCAGGCCCCUUCCUCUCCACUCCUUCCAGCGCCUCUCUGAUCUUUCAACACCCGCGCUCAUUGCCGCUGUCGACCGCGCACGAGGUUUUGAGAAGGCAUGGGCGAUCCGCGCCCCUCGACCGGCUCGACCAAACCCGUACUACGGAAACCAGUGGUACAUCACUAUUAGCGUACCCUCCCAUGAAGAGAUCGAUUGGCUAUCUCCCAUCACCAGCAGCUACACACUCUGUGCGACUAAGAGCGGCCGUGUCUUAUGCUGGGAUGUAAGGAGGGAUAUCUGCCUUGCUGAGUGGGAUCCGAGGUCCUUGACUAGUUCCUGUGGAGGAGACGAAGAUGAAGACGAGGAUGAUGAGGAUAAAUGGGAGUUAUGGAAAUGCCGUGUUGAAUUCGAAGAGCGCACAGUAUAUUUCACCAUGGCGAGGGUUCUCAAGGGACAUCACGAUGACCGCGUGAUGGAAUUCAUGCUCAUGCGAUUAUUCUUCCCUCACGAACUCGACGAUUACGACGAAAUAAAUCAGGCACAACUCUACGUCCAAUCUCCAAUUCUUUCUCACCUCGAUCAUUAUGCCAGUGCUGCUGAACCCCAGUCACGGCAACGUGAAGGGGACUCCCCAAUACAAUUAACGCCUAGGGUCCCAUCGCCCACGCAAGAUCCGCCCUCGUUGAUCCCGAUUUGCGAUCAACCCCCCACCCCCACUCCUUCACCACCCACCUCCCAAACUCCAUCACCACAAGACUCAUCCCUUCUUCACUCCGGCAGCUUCGGCCCAUCCAGCACUACAUCCAGCGCCCAAUGCUCCCCAAUGGCAAUCAAUGCGAUGCUACCGCCUGAUUCUGCAGAAUGCAGCGAUCCCCCGCAAUUAAACGGAAUUCCUUCCAAUCAGGCGAAUACAGUUGGAAUUAGAGGUGAUGGUGGUGCCGGGGAGCCGUACCAAGGACCUGUCUUCUGCCAUCCCUCCCUCCGAGCGAUGUUUAUCCGCAGCGCGCCUGCGACACCCUCUUGGGAGAGAUACAUCCCGCUUCCUAUGAAUUUUGAUCAACCCCCACCCCCGCCCCCAGUAUCGACUAUUCCCAUUCCAGAAUCAGCGCGACCAGUAUUCGACACGCUUACGAGCUUCCAUACAACAGGGGUCAUAAUGAACGUAUUCCUUCUUGACCCGCCACGUCGCUUGCUGAGCGCUUUUGUAUGGAUUGCGAGUAGUAAUACUAUCGGAUUGUACGUACUCCUUGACUGGGCGAAAGACGACUAUGUGUUUGUGGAUACCGGUGUUGGAUGUCUCAUCUCUUCCAACUGGUCCUGCAUCCUUCACGAAGACCAAAUUGUAAUCCACAGCGAAGAAGCUGACGCUGCCUAUCAGCACUUUUACCCGCUUGAGGUGCUCAGAGCAUACGGCUGUCCCCGCCGCACUGUUUCACCGGCCACUCGCGCACAGACUCCACCUCAAGCAGAAGACGGCGUCCCACAGGAGAACAACGGCGAGGACAUAGCGGACUCGUUGAAGAGCUUGUGGAAUAAGCUCCCAAAAAUAUGUGCAAGACUUCCACCGAGUAGGAGCAUCUCGAAGAAUUUCGUGUUUCCUUCUGUGCCGGGGACCUCGGGUGCGGUGGUUGGUGUUCUUCCUGUAGGUGAUGGAGAUGAAGACACUGAGGAGGAGGAUGAAGCUGGUGCGGCGGAAGAAGAUCAGGGACAGACCGAAGAUAAUACCGAGCCCGUUAGUGAGGAAGGACAGACCGGCGUGACUGAGGUAUCUUCUACAGUACCUUCCGCUGAGGAUGAGCAGUCGGUGGGUCAUGAAGAACCUGUGGACGAAGAAGAGCCACCAAAUGACGAAGAAGAAUCUGAAGAUACUCACGAGGGAGAAGAAGAAAUCCCUUCGAAUCCGAAGAGGAAGGGCGAGAGGCGUACACGUUUCGAGGAUGAAGAAGCAGGAAAUGAUAGUCGCGCAGACGGGCCCAGUGACUCUCAGGGUGGCGGGGAUGAACUUAACGCAGGAUCUUCUUCCUCAAGCCAAGUCGGUCCCGGUCCUGAACCUGUGCCGCAAGACGACGAGGAUGCAUCAUCCUCUCAAUCCACCACUUCAACCACUUCUGGACCUCAGCAGCCCACUCAAGAUGUAGUAGGUCCUGCAACGCCUGAAUCGUUCACAAACCCUUAUCCGUUCCCCCCUUGGUACCCCGAGUCUGCACACUUUGUGCGGCAGUGGUGGCCUACCCUCCCUGGCGUCCCGCGGUUGAGCUGCACGGUUGUUCUCCUUGCAGCACACGACCAUGAGACGCACCACACGCGUUUUGUGCUCGCGCAGCAUUAUUUCAAGGUCCCAAUAGCCCCCGAGGGGCUACCUGUUGCAGGAGAAUCGAGCACUAGCAGUUCAUCUCAUUCUGCACAAGCGAACGACGACGACAUGCUUCAUCUGUGGUAUGUCAGCACGCCGUUUGAAGUCGUAUGCGUGCUCGAAGAGGGGGAUGACGAUGAAGAUACUAGCGACCGGCCACGACCCCUCGUAGCUGUUGAUUUUGGGCACGCAGUAUGGGUGGAGUAUGGAGCUUCUGUUGUACCUCCCACCCUUAAUGUUCGCGCCCGCGCCGACAGCAAUUCUCCCGGGAUAUAUGACGCAGAUAUUGUUCAACCAAAUACAGAGCCAGACACGCAGCUUCACGCCCACUUUGCGCAUUUCGAGAACGAUCAUUCGCAUCCGCACCCGCGGCGGCGGGUUCCUAAAUGCCUGCGCUUCGUUACCUUCCCUCCUGUGCAUGGCCGCCGGGUGCGGACUGAAGAGGCAGUGGUGCGCACGCUCGAGAUCCCAGAGGAGUUGGACUUGGAUGUCGUUGAGACGAUCAAUAUUGAUCAGAGCCAGGGUGCUGUAAUUUUGAGUGUGAGGGAUGGUAAGAUUUUUAUUUUGAGGUAUGAAUGAUAUUUUUGGAGUGGGGAUGCGGACGGAUGUUUGCUACACAGAGUUUAUGAAAGUGACGAUUGUGAUAUACGAUCAACCACGUAAAACACGUCCUCCGAUGAGUUGGGGACUGUCCCUGGCUGUACCUAUGCAGACAUAUGUAUAUAUCGUACAAAUUAAGAUCUCUAUUCCUCACAUCCCCCUGCAUAGAUAGCAGUACCGCAAUGACCAGUACACAGUUUACCAAUUGAAGCAUUGAGAACCGCAAAAUC